AUGCCUCAUCCAACAUCAGUAUCGCAAGACGAUGUGGCCAAGGCAUAUAAUCUCAAUGUUAAUGAUUAUAACAGUUCCUUAGAAGUUUCUGGGAUAACUCCUUUGCAGCUUAAUGAACAUUCACAAAAAGCAACUUACCAAAUGAUUGGUAUGACCCCCAAAGACUUCAUUACAGAUCAUGGAGCAAUAGAAUUGGACUUCAAAGAAUUACAAAGGAAAUUUAAAUCUUAUUGUCAAGAUUAUAUGGAAACUAUUAGUGUAGAUACCAAAUCACUAGCUGUUGACUUUUGCGCAAAAGUGGUUUACUAUGUUGGACCUGAGUCUAGAUCAGUCAAAAAAACAACAGGAGACAAGUAUUGGAGAUUUAAAUUUCCUUACACAAUUGAUGGUCUGACUGAUAAAACAAAAAUUAGUAAAGUUGUUUUUGUUGCCACUUACAAAAGUGAAAAGACUGAGGUCCAAGAUUCAACAGAAGCCAACAAGCUGAUAUUAACAGUUAAACAAGCUAGUUUACUAGCUAUGGAUACUUUUGAUAGGUUGGCUGUCUUAGCAUUGGGAACAAGUGUGCCUAAGACCUUGUUUACAACACUAUCUGGUGCAAUUUUUUCAAAGAAUGACUUGUGUUCCAUGUCCAAAGAAUUGACAAUUCAGUUCAAUAAAGAUUAUACUGAAGCUACCGUUUUAACAAUGAUAAACAAUAGUUGCCAGUCAAAUGGCCAUCAUCUUGAUAACUCCAAUGCAGCUAUAGCAUUAGUUGCUGCUUGUGUAGCAACUAGGAAUAUCAAAGAUGAUAAGGUUAAGUUCUCGAUAAUCUCUAAGAUUGGAAAACAAUAUGUCAAGAAGGGUAAGAACUUUAAUGAAGUUACUUUUGAUAUCUUUGCUAAGUAUGCCACUGGUGGUGUUCCUUCUAACAUGGAGCCCAAAAAAUUGAUUGCUAGGUUAGAGGAAGUUCAAAUCAGCACCAGACAGGCUGCUAUUGCAUCCAAAGAUACUAUGAUGUCAUCAACUAUUGAUGCUCCAACUAAUGUAGUUGAAACAGCUGCAAGUGCCAGUACAUCAACUACUCCAGCUGUUGGUGUAGGUCUUAAUGCUCAUGAAGAUGCUAAGAAGCAAGCAAAGCUCCUUAAGGAAAGAGAUAAAGCUCUCAAGUUAGUACAAAAUGCUUUAGAAACAGCUAGAAAAGAGAAAGAAGCGUCUGAUGCUAGAAUACGUCAGUUGGAAAAAGAGAAGAAAGAAAGUCGUGAUAAUCAAGCUAAACAUGACAGUAAGAAGUAA